AUUUGCGCCAAACCGGCAAGUCCAUGUUUGAUUUCAGCUCCAGCAGCCAACGUUCAGUGAGUCAGUGAGAAAGCUCAGAGAUUUCACAGAGCUCAACUCAACGGCCAGUCGUCCACAACCAAGCCACCAUGUGCGGGGACGCAAGGAACUGGGACGAAGAAUCAUACAGAGAAACCAUAUUGAAGGAGAGGGAGAUCCAAACCCGAACCGUAUUCCGAACCGUUUGGGCUCCAUCCCUUAACCCUAACCCGGAAGCCAUCGUCGUCGCCUCCAGCGAUGGAUCGGUUUCUUCAUACUCCAUCCCCUCCCUCGUAUCCAAGCCCCCACUGGGUUUUAGCAAUGUGAAAGCUCCACACUCGUUAAUGGCUGAACCCGCUUGCUUCCUUCAAGCUCACGAUGGCCCUGCAUACGAUGUUAAGUUUUACGGCCAUGGCGAGGAUGCUGUUUUGCUGAGUUGUGGUGACGAUGGUCGGAUUCGAGGUUGGAAGUGGAAGGAUUGUGUAGAAGCAGAGGCACCUAUUCAUUUGCAAGGAAACCAUGUGAAGCCACUACUUGACCUGGUGAAUCCGCAGCAUAAAGGUCCUUGGGGGGCUUUAUCUCCAAUCCCUGAAAACAAUGCUCUUGCCGUUAAUGAUCAGGGGGGAUCCAUUUUUUCUGCUGCGGGUGAUUCUUGUGUCUAUUGCUGGGAUGUGGAAAGUGGUAAAGUCAAAAUGACUUUUAAGGGGCACUCAGACUACUUGCAUUCUAUAGUUGCCCGGAACUCUACCAAUCAGAUCAUAACAGGUUCAGAGGAUGGGACAGCACGUAUAUGGGAUUGCAAAAGUGGAAAGUGUGUUCAAGUGUAUGAGCCAGCAAAGGGUACUAAAUUGAAAGGAUUUUUUUCGUGCGUAAGUUGCAUGGCUCUUGAUGCAAGUGAAAGCUGGUUGGCUUGUGGUAGUGGUCGGAGUUUAUCAGUUUGGAAUCUUCCUGCUUCUGAAUGCAUUUCAAGGACUUCAACUUGUGCAUCUGUACAGGAUGUAGUAUUCGACGAAAAUCAAGUAUUAGCAGUUGGAGCAGAACCUCUACUUUGCCGUUAUGACAUAAACGGGGCAAUCCUUUCACAAAUGCAAUGUGCUCCUCAGUCAGCCUUUUCCGUCUCAUUACAUGCAUCUGGGGUUACAGCAGUAGGAGGUUACGGAGGUCUUGUUGACAUUAUUUCCCACUUCGGAAGCCACUUGUGCACAUUCAUCUGCCGAUGUGUUUAGAUAGAGUUCAAAUAUCGUUUACAGUGGGCUCUUGAAAGAAUUGUAGGCUGCAAAAGCAUUUCAAACUUAAUGGGUGGUAAAAUCCAAUUGCAAUUGCAUGGUCCUUGGAAAAAUUGUGGUGGGUAACCUUGUAAGAACCAUGUAGAGCUUGAUGUGCUGAGAGUUUCCACAUAGUUUGCUGAAACUGUAAAAUUGGUUCGAGCCUUGUUGUAAAUGUUAUUGGCCCAUUUUUACCACUACAAGAAAAAAGUUUUCAGACAAUAAGGUGUAAGUACAUGAUUUUGAUGUUCCAAGUUUACAUAUAAUCUAUGAAUUAAAGGGCCAGCAAUAGAUGACCAU